GCUGGGCACACCAACGGGCGGCCAAAAUGGCGGCGUGGGGCUCGGACCGCGCUGCGGCGUGGUAGGGCCUCCCUUCCCUCCCCCGGUCCUCCGCGGGCCGGGCAGCGGAGCGGCCAGCGCGCUAUAUAAGGCACGGCCCGUCCCGGUCCGACUCGGCCCAGAUACCCGCCGCCGGAUUCCGGCGUGGGGGUUGGACGAGGGCACCGAGGCAAAUGUGCAAUACCAAGAUGUCCUCCCUGACGGAUGCUGCUUCUGUCACCGCUUCGGAGCAAGAGGCGCUGGUUAAACCAAAGCCACUAUUGUUGAAGUUGUUAAAGUUAGCUGGUGCAGAAAAGGACACUUUUACUAUGAAGGAGGUAAUAUUCUAUCUUGGACAAUAUAUUAUGUCUAAACAAUUAUAUGAUGAAAAACAGCAACAUAUUGUACACUGUGCAAAUGAUCUCCUGGGGGAUUUAUUUGGAGUAACAAGCUUUUCAGUAAAAGAACACAGGAGACUAUAUUCAAUGAUUUCCAGAAAUCUGGUAGCAAUCAAUCAACAAGACUCUACGCUUGCUGACACACCUGAGGAUGAUGCCAGAUUUCAGCUUGAAGAAGAAAAUGUUCUAAAGGAAUCUAUGCAAGAGAUAGAAGAGAAGCAAACUUCAUCAAACGUGACUUCCCGACCAACUACAUCUUCUAGGAGGAGAACACACAGUGAAUCUGAAGAAAAUUCUUCAGAUGACCUGCAUAGUGACAGAAGAAAACGACACAAGUCGGACAGCAUUUCGUUGACGUUUGAUGAAAGUCUCUCAUGGUGUGUAGUCAGUGGUUUGUGCCGUGAAAGAAGCAAUAGCAGCGAUUCAACAGAUUCUCUUUCCAUUCCUGAUCUUGAUGCCAGUUCAUUAAGUGAAAACUCUGAUUGGUUUGACCACAGUUCUGUUUCAGACCAGUUCAGUGUAGAGUUUGAAGUUGAGUCUAUUUAUUCAGAAGAUUAUAGCCAUAAUGAAGAAGGGCAGGAGCUCACAGAUGAAGAUGAUGAGGUAUAUCAGCUGACAAUUUACCAGGAUGACGAUAGUGAUGCUGAUUCAUUUGAUGAAGAUCCAGAGAUUUCUCUAGCCGAUUAUUGGAAGUGUCCCGAAUGUAGCGAAAUGAAUCCCCCACUACCACGACAUUGCCACAGAUGCUGGGCCCUUCGUGAGGACUGGCUUCCAGAUGAAAAGAGUGAUAAAUUGGAAAAGAGCAAGUCAGAAACUAACUUCCCCCUGGAGUCUGAAGAAGGUUUUGAUGUUCCUGACUGCAAGAAAGUGAAAAUGACGGAAGACAAAGAACCGGCCAUGGAAGAGAAUGAGGAUAAAGCAGUACAAAUUUCUGAGUCCCAGGAAAGUGAAGAUUAUUCUCAGCCAUCGACAUCGAGCAGCAUGUUUUGUAGCAGUCAGGAGGACUAUAAGGAACCUGAGAAAAGAGAAAUGCAAGACAAGGAGGAAAGCGUGGAAUCCAGUCUACCUGUUACCAGCAUAGAGCCCUGUGUCAUAUGUCAGAGCAGACCUAAAAAUGGCUGCAUAGUACACGGCAAAACGGGACACCUCAUGUCGUGUUUCACGUGCGCAAGGAAGCUUAAGAAGAGGAACAAACCCUGCCCGGUGUGCAGACAGCCCAUACAAAUGAUUGUACUAACUUAUUUUAGUUAGAUGGAUGUUGACUGGAAAGCAACAAAAGGAACUUCAUAAACUGGUUAAGAGAGCAAGAAAUUAUUUUUGUAUGCUUAUUGGAAAAUUAAUAUUUUGAGUCUCUUUACAUUUGGUAUGAAAAGUAAUUGCUGAAAUAAAUGCACUGGAGUUAUUAAGAGGUUAGCCUAAUAUUCAUAAAUCAACCUGAAGAUUUUAAAUCCCUCAAUAGAAGUAACCAAUUCCUUUAAACUGCCUGUGUUUUAUGUUCCAUACAAGUUGUUGAUAUUUGUUUUACCGCAUUAAAUACAUACAUUAAAAACCCAAAUUUGGUGAUUAUGAGAGGAGAGACAUGUUGAAGAGUUUGUUAAUGUGAGUUCCUCCUCUUACGAACGUAGAAGAUUCUUCAGAUUCCAGUAUCUGUUGCCUGGCGAAGACACCGGGCUCAAUCAGUACCCUCUGAAUAAGUCAAUAAAAUAAAUAAAUAGAAUCUUGUCUCCCUCAUUCCCAAAACUUAAAUUCCUCCAAGUAACCGAAUUCUGGGGGAGAUCUUACCAGGAAUUGGGGGAAGAUGUGAUAGAAAAUCAUUUAGGGUUUUGGAAAUAGAAAGGGGUACUGUGUGUCUUUUAUUUUUAUAGCAUGCAUUGUAAACGUCAGGGCUGAAUCCAAGUUCAGUCUUACAGUUAUCUCUUAAACAGAUUGAGAAACUGAAUUUUAAAAAGCUUUAUGGGUUUGGAAGUCUGUAUUAUCCUGGUUAAUAUUUUAGCUUGAGAAGACGCUUGAACAGGCAAGAUAAAUGAAGGAUAAAUGUAAUAUCAAGUCAUGUAAUAUUGGGAGACAGUUGUAUUCUUUUUCUGCACUCGUUUUUGACUUCAACAGUACAGCACGCAGCUUGGUCACAACAUUCGCUUGAAUAAAAAUAGCAAGGAAAAAAAGUCCACCUCCAUCUGCAGAAACAAAUAAGCUCCGUAGUUCUAGUUCACAUAAAUGUUCUUAAAAUUCAGUAGUCUUUCCAACUUGAACUGUUCGUAUCACAAGGAUUCUGAAAAUCUCUUGCAAGGCAUUUGGCCAGCUCGAAAUUGGUCUCAUUGGACCUCUCCUUUACUGCUUUUAGCUCUCGUCUCCGCGCUGUACUUUGUCAAAAGCUGUGUGAAACUUUAUCAGUUCCUUUAUUACGCAGUCUGCUGACUGGCUCAGUUUUGUGGUGCGGUGCGUUCAGAGUAGGUCGCGUGCAUAUAUUUUUGUAAGCUAAGGUAUCUUCAGGAUAUGGUCAGAUUCCUCGGGCCGUUUUUCACAUGGAGAGUUUCUGUACCAGUGAGUUGUAUUUAUUCCUAUGGAAAAGUAGAUUACAAGAGGAAUUGUAGGUUUGUAACACCCUUUAAUUUUACAUGUAGUUGCUGAUCAUCUGCCCAAUAGAAAACGGCAGAUGAGUAGUUUGAGCGUCAGGGGAGCGCCAAGAUGUAGCCCAAAUGCAGAAAUUGUGCUGUGUUACCAUCCUGCAGGACAAGGAUAAACAGCUUCCUUAACAACACCAGUAGGAAACUGUUGAUGCCUGUGUGCUAGCGCAGAGGCUUUUACUGCUCUAAUUACCUUCACCUCAGAGCUGAGUAACCACAGUUACUCUGGUAUAAAGUGUCCAUAAACCAGGGCCUGGAAUACAAGGAAUUACCUAGGAAAAGGACGUAGAGCUGUUACAGGAGAGACUCGGUAAACCCUUGGUUCUUACUUGCCUGCGAAGAAAUACCUUCACAGGUAAAGACUGAAUGACCGGAUCAGUCAUGUUUUGUUCAUACAUUUCAGCUAAUUUUUGAAAAAUGCUACUAAAGGAUACAGAUGUCUCUGAAGUUUAACCAUAAUUCAUUUUAAGUGAACAAAACGUCAACCCUUGUUGCAUAUGUUUCUUUGUAUUUUUGCAGAUUUCUUGCCCCUUGCAAUUUGUAAAGCGACAGCAGGUAGCCGAAGUUCUUGAAGUUCUUUGGUCAGCAGAAGCCUUUCACGGGUUUUGUGGGGCUUAAUAAUCCUUCAGCCCGAGAUAGAGAAGUCCUUGGGGCACAUACUUACAUUUUUCAAGUAGAGAUGCUUCUAAUAGAUGGCUGCCUGCCUUAAUUCACACUGCUUCCUAUUUGUUUUUCUUAGGUUUUUUAUGUGAUGAACUUAAGUGCAGUGAAGUUGGCAGAGGCUCUUCCAAGUGCAGCUCAGAACCAAGUAGCGGUCCUAAUCUGCAGCUGAGAAAGAAUUGUAGAGGUGUACGUUGAGGAGGACUUAAAACUUUGUCCGUUACAUCGUCUCCUAUGGCGUAUGCUUUUUCAGUGCGAUGCUCGCUCUGCAGUCGUGGUGAUGGCCGUGUAACUGCAGUCCUGGGAGAGCAGCUCUUCCCUAGGUCCUGCUGGCACAAGUUGUACCAUCCCGUUCUUGGUGUUCUCUUCCAAUCAGUCCCCUUCAGUAAGCUCCGCAUUUUUAAAAAAAUAGUAUUUCAGCUCUCUAAAAGGCACGUAUGGUCAGAGCAAUGACCCCAGUCACUCAGCUUUGGGAUUUUUCUUCAACACCAAUUUCAUCUCCCACUAAUGCUUUCUGCUUUGGCAAAAGAUGAAGCAAGAGCAUAACGGCAUCAUAAAUUUUCCCUUUUAGGAGCUGAAAUUGUACUCCCUUAGCGUGUUUCCUGUUGUGGAGAAUAGCCCUGGAAAUGCCCUCCGCUCCAUCCAGUGCUGAGGUUUAAUUUCUGCGUCCAUGGCCAAACUCCUGUGUCGGAGUGAAUCUUUGUUUCAAAUUCUAUUUUCUGGCUUAAUAUUAUUCUUAAUAACUUCUAGUAAAACUUCGGGGGGGUGUUUGGUUCCCCCCCAAAACAUGCCUUACAAAUAAGUGUGGGUGUCUGUUCCAGUUCUUACUGGAACCGCUGGCAAGCGGUGUCUGCCUGGGGUUUUGGGGAGGGUGUAGGUGAUGCUGCGGCUCCAAAAGGCUGCCGUCCACGGCUCUGUCCCCACAGGGGGUCCCUGUGGGUGGGCGGUGACCAGCCCGCUGGUGUCACCCUGCUCUGUCACCCUGUAAACACAUUUCUGGCCUCGGGUAGCGGCACCAAAGUUGGUGAUGUUUUAGCAUAGAAGUUGACAAUUGUUCUUACUCGACGAGUGAGGUUUUUGAGGUCCUUAUUUAAUACCCUACACGUUUUAAUCUUUAAUUUAUUACAGUUUGUAAAUAUUCUUGUGCUUAGAGUUGGUGUUUUGAGCUUUAAUUUAUUGAAUUAGUCUACUGGUACGUGUGUAGAUACAUAAAUAUGCAUACUGAGUAAAUCACAGUCGAAAGAAGAAUAUUUAAGAAAUUGUAGCAGAAUAAAGAGAAUUAUUCAGAUUAUAUUCAGAUGAAGAGGGGCGUGGGAAGAUUUAUGUCUUUGUUUUCUUUUUUCCUUCCCUUAAACAACUUCUGCGUUGAACCUGAACGGCAUUUAUUUAAGUAGAGAUGGAGGCUGGUGCAGCAUUGUCAGAGUGACAGGAUUUUGAUGGUGUUUGUUUUCCUUUGGGAAUGGUUUUGCAUCUCCGAGAACGGGCAGGAAGCUGAGUGACUGCUUCCUUGUGCUGGUAACCUCGGAGGGGAUGGGCUGGAAGAUGCGGUGAGGUGCUGAGAGGCUUCACGGUUAAUUGGCAACGGGUGGUUAAUUGCCUUUGCCUUUGCACAUGUGGCCAAGAUGCUGAUAAAAUGAGACAGUGCACAGUUUUCAAUAAUUGUCUUCGCCUGUUUUUUCAUGUACUUCAAAUAGACAAUAGUUUUGUGCAAAUGCUACAAGAACUCGCAUUUAUUCUUUUUUAUAAAGUACAAUAAACCCACUUUUUGAUUUAAAUACGACUUUUUCACUAUGUAGCUACUUAUUAGUAUUGAAAUCCAACUCCUGACCCAAGGAAGCGAAGUGCAAAUUGACGCACUCAAGGCAGAUGGGAAAGUUGCUUCGUUUCAGUGUCUGACACUUCCCGAAGAGGCUAGAAGCGUUGAAUAUUAAAAUAUGCGAGAACCAUUAAUACUCAGUCCUCACUUAAGAUUUAUUAGUUAUGAAGUCUGCUGCUUUUGUCCUUUAAAAGAUGUGCACAGCUGAAACAGGAGCAGCUGGAUUGACGGUGAUGUUGAGCAUUGACUGCAAAGAUGGUGCGUUCUGUUGAGCAGCAGCAGCCGCCCUCGAAUGUUGUUUCAGCGUCACCGGGGAGCGCACAGAAGACCCGUGUGUCACAUCGUGCCACGCAGGGGGCUGGGGCUGCCGCCUCAGGUAGCGGGUUGCUUUGGAAAAGGUAAAAGUGCAACAGAACUUUAAUUGAUGGAAAGCGUUACAUCUGUUGUAACAGUGUGGUAUGAUUUUAUCCCCGAGUUCUGUUUGCUGUGAAUCUGUUUAAAUGUCGCCGUCUCUGAAAUGUCUGUGCGGGUGUGAAGCUGCGUGCAAGGCUUCGGGCAGAUUUUUCCCCUUAAAGACUAAUAUGAGGGAAAAACAAUUCCUCAUCCUUAUAGAAAGCCUCCACAAGAAUAAUGCGUCAGAAAACCGUGUUCUUACAGAAGAGAGAUUAGGAAAUGAUUAGAAGCAUAAUGAAACUGAAUAAACUGAAAUGAAUUUGUGGGAUUAGCAUAGGGGUGAAGAACUUCUCUUCCCCAUCUUAAUUGAAAGCUGUGUGGUGUUAGGGUAUAAUUUUAGAAGUAAGAGUUGGUAAUUUUAAAGCAGUUAAUUUAUUCAGCGUGUUAACUUGCCACAUGUAUGGUGCGGAGCAGUUAUCCCAGGGAGAUCAUGAUAUUUUGUUGUUCAACGCUCGGCCUAAAAGGGGACUUUUGCUGUCGUGGUGCUUCCCUGUGGGAAAGAGUGCGGAACGUGGGCCCAUGCAGGGGACUGGCAGGCGGGCGGGCGGGCAGCCGUCCUCCCUGCGCCGAGCUCUGUUGGCCACUCUCUUGUCAUUCACAGCGUAGGGUCACCCCAUUACUUAAUAAAGCACAUGAUGUAGCGUGUUUGUGCUCCUGCUGCCUGGCCCCGGCAUUAUUGUAUGUCCGGCUCCCAGAGGAGCUUCGUUAGUGCAGCAGCUCUCCCGGCUGGUGUCUGACUGUUCCGGGGGGAGUUACCUGCCGGGCUAACGGAGCUUUUCCAGCUCAUCCGUACCCGACUCAAAGUCUUGUCUUGAGUUAUUUAUCAUUUAAAAGUUGCACAAAUGAUGUAAAGAAAAAAAACAACCCUGAAACCUGAGCUUAGGAGAUAUUUUAACAAUGGACUGCACUUACUGAACACGAAAAAUUGUUGCUUUUAACUAAUGUGUGCUUUUAUUUUUUAUUUAGCAUAGAUGUACACCAAAAGCUUUAAGUGAAUGCCUCUCUGUAGAGUGUAUAUAUAUAUAUAUAGAGAGAGCGCCUACGCGUAAAAUUUGUUGGUGAUAGUUAAAGAGGUGUUGCCUCCCCUUUUGAGCAGAUGUUGCUUUAACUUAAUGGCCUGACCUUUAAAGGACAGUUCUCGGUUUUGAGCUAUAUUAAUGGCUGUCACCAUGAUGAUCCCAUGAUAUCUAAAAUACCAAAUGGCUUUUCCAGAAGCAGAGUCUUACUUUGUUGUCUCACUACCCGUAGCUGGAAUGACUAUGAAACAGACGUGGUUUAUAGUGAAUUUAAUUAACUAUGCAAUUUCGCCGCUAAUCCUAGAUGAUUGUGCUUUCAAGACCUUGUCGUGGUGCGUUACCUCCUGGGUGCCCAGUGCACCUACUGCCGCAGUCAGUUACCAUUAUACCCAUAGCCACCCAAAGCGCACAGAGUGUAGCUCCAUUUAUGAGAAGAAUUUUCAUGUGUAUUGCCUUUGUCUGCUGGUUUUUGUUUUUUUCCUUUUCUGAGGCAACUAAAUGGUAUGUUCCCUUUAAAAGCUUUAAAUAAAGAUUUGUUUAUAUGCUC